AUGACAGGCCAAUUUGCCGUCUCUUGCCUUAUCUCCGGACGUCGAGGCUGCCCACACAACGUGGUCCCUAUAUAUGCCAUACCCAUCUUGUUUUGUGUGCGAGCAACACCGCGUGUUAGCCUCUUCCUGCAGUGCAGCCAGUCGUCGACUGCGCCGCCUGGGCGGAACCUCGGUCACCGCCUCGACUUCGAGCCACCAUCGAUUGGUCUUAGUCGGGUUGAACAAACAACCUCGGGAGAAAGGAUUGGCGGACAGCAGCGAGACGAAAACGAACAAGACAACAAGGUGACAUCUGUGGCACAUGUUCAAGCCUCGCGCAUUGCCAUCGAAGCGGAUCUGUGA